UUAAAAACCUUGUUCAUCCUAAAUCCAAAACCUUGUUCAUCCUAAAUCCAAGUUCAUGGACUGUCAGUAUAGGACUCAGGCCUGAAUUCAUGUGGAUAAUUUUUGUUUGUGUGUAUGAUGAGACCUGCCCAGGCUGGUCUCAAACUUUUUUGGGGAGGUUUGGGGGGGAUGGUUGUUACUGGGUUUCGAAUUCGCUCAUGGCCUUCACCUUGAGCCACUCCAGCCCUUUUUUGUGAUGAGUUUUUUCAAGAUAGGGUCUUGAGAACUGUUUCCUGGAGUUCUUCCUGAUCUCUGCCUCCUGAGCAGAGAUCUUUUAAAGUGCAUGACACUUUAAAGUUUGAGCGGUUGGUCAUAAUUUGUGCUAUAUACUGUGAGCUUCAGAGCAGGAAACUUAAGCCAGAAGUGAGGUGGAAUGCCUUGUUAAGUUGUAAAACUCUGAGGUACUAGUUUCUUUUAAGAGAUUCUAAAUGUUAAGCCUGAUCAUUUUGAAAUUCCUUGAUGCUGCUGUAGCUGUGAGGGACUUUUAUUAAGCACGUAAUUUUAAAAGUGAACACUACUAUGAGUUAAUCUAGACAGUUGGUCUAAAUCAGCUGGUGAUGCUCUUGUAGUUUUUAAUCUGUUGUUACAUAUUAAAACAUUUGGCUCCUUCGACAAUACUGUCUUGGGGUUAUUGUGUAUUUUGUCUGGGUUUUAUUUUUUAGUAUAGGUAAUGUUUUUCUUGUUUCCUCUUUCUCCUGUCUUGAACACCAUCUUAAACUCAGAAAAUAAUGGAAUAGAUUCCCAAGAGGCUGAGAUAAGCUAGAGGUAAUAAGGGCAGAAUAUUAGAAGCAAAAUAAAUCAGGAGAGGACAGACGGAGCAGUUACAAUGAAUGGGUGUGUAGGCUGUACAUAAAAGAAGUACUCAGUUAUUUAGAAGUUGACUUUGAGGGCUGGUGGAGUGGGUCAAGUGGUAGAGAGUGCCUACUUAGCUAGUGAGAGGUCCUGAGUUCAAUGCCCCAUGCUAUCAAAGUAAAAAAAAACAAAAAAAAGUUGACUUGCUUUUAACAUAAACUGGAUUUAAUGCCCACACUUUUAAUCGAAGUACUCAGGAGGACUGUGAAUUUAAAGCUAGUCUGGGCUACAUAGUGAACCUGUCUUCGGGUAUGUGUGUGGGGAACAGUUGAUCCUGAAAAGGAAAUUCACAUUUGACACUGAAGGUGGAUUUCCCACACCAAGCAGUUUUCCUUAUUCUCUGCCUGUACCGAGUGUCCUGUGAUUCAAUUAAGAUAGUGUGGCAGGAAGGCAGGGAGGGGGAAGGGCGAUUGAGUGCCACAGUGAAACAAAAACGAGAAUGUUACCUAGAGACCAGAGAAGGAUCACCUCACGCCAGAGAUUAAAGCAGCUAAUGAAAUAGCUUGAUUAUGUAUGGAACAAGCUGUUAUCUCCCCACCCCCCACCCCCCAAUUUCUUUAACCUGCUCUAAGUGGUAUGUAAGAAGAGCUGCCUUUGUUCUCCAUGCUUAGCCUUUGGACUUAAUAAACUUGCUUCCUGAAAGCUUUGGUACUCUCAGUCUCUGAGCCCUCCAACAAUAUGACUGAAGAUAGGGAUCAAGUUAAGGGUUCAGUCCUACAAGACUGUCCACCUUAUUCAGGUGCCAAUGGUAGGUAAUGGGGUUCCCAUGUUUCCUGCACUUAAUUUCAGCUUGUCUACAUGUUGGAGGUUCCCAUGACCCCUUUUGUCCCUUUUUGGUUUUACAGGUUGCCUAUGAAGGUUCAAAGAAAAGGGGAAAAUAAUUACUGGCUUACAAAGGAUAUAUAUGAACGGCCAGAUGAAGGGGUCCAACUGGGGUGAAAUCCAGAAGGGAGCUUCUGUCUCAGGCCGGCGGAAGUGUUCCGCGUUGUUGCCGGAAGUAGGAAGAAGAAAGCUGUAAUGGCGGCUGCAGUUGAAGUCGAGAGGGUGCCAGAGGAUGGCGCGGAGGAGCUCCGCACGGCGACCGAGGAGCUGGCUGAUCAGAAGCGCGAACAGAGACUGCGCAAAUUCCGGGAGCUGCACCUGAAGCGGAAUGAAGCUCGUAAAUUAAAUCACCAGGAAGUUGUGGAAGAAGAUAAAAGACUUAAGUUGCCUGCAAACUGGGAAGCCAAAAAAGCUCGUUUGGAAUGGGAACUACAGGAAGAAGAAAAGAAAAAGGAAUGUGCAGCCAGAGGGGAAGACUACGAGAAGGUGAAGCUGUUGGGGAUCAGUGCAGAAGAUGCAGAAAGAUGGGAGAGGAAGAAAAAGAGGAAAAACCCUGACCUGGGGUUUUCAGAUUAUGCUGCUGCCCAGUUACGCCAGUAUCAUCGGUUGACAAAGCAGAUCAAACCUGACAUGGAAACAUACGAGCGGCUGAGAGAAAAACAUGGAGAAGAGUUUUUUCCAACAUCGAAUAGUCUUCUUCAUGGGACUCAUGUGCCUUCCACAGAGGAAAUUGAUAGAAUGGUCAUUGAUCUGGAAAAACAAAUUGAAAAACGAGACAAAUAUAGCCGAAGACGUCCUUACAAUGAUGAUGCAGAUAUUGACUACAUUAAUGAAAGGAACGCUAAGUUCAACAAGAAAGCGGAAAGAUUCUAUGGGAAGUACACAGCGGAAAUUAAGCAGAAUUUGGAAAGAGGAACAGCUGUGUAAUUCCUUCAGGAACCGUAGGUAGAAGAAGCGUGAGAAUGGAGAGAGUUCUGCUAGCAAAUUGAAUUUCUCUUAAAUUGUACCAGUAAAGCAGAACUUAGUCAUGCCUUCCCAGCCAGCAUUUCUAAAUAAACGUCUUUCCUUGAACAUACAACGUCCAUGUAUAUUUCCACAUUUUCAUGCUUGGAUUUAAUAUGUAUUUCUUGUAGUGAAGUUGUUUUGUAAAAAUCUACUUUGUAUAAAUCCUAAUUAUAUUAUUUUUCUAUGUAUUUUAAAUGUGCAUAACUUUAGUCUUUGAAGCAUUUUGGACUUAAGAUUGCUGGCAUGUACACAAAUGCAGUCACUGCUGCUUGAAUCUUGUUAGGAAUUUGACAGACUCCACAGCUGGGCUGUGCAACCAUUGGGGAUUGAGGACUUGGAACUGAGGACAGUGAAGAUGGCAGUGGCUCCUGGAACUGUGUCUGCCAGGGCUACGUGUGACCACAUUCAGGGAGUCACAGAACUUCCUCUAUGAAUAUUGACCAUGUAUCCAUUUUCUUUGUAAAGAGAAAUAAAAUGCUUUGGAAUAGAAUUCCUGCUAAUU